AAAGGAAAAAAGCCCUAGCAGUCCAAACCAAAAAGUUUUCUUCUUCCAUAGUUAGAGCUCCAAAACACACACAGAGAGCUGCGAUAAACGAUAAUCGGAUCGGCUGAAGCAGUUCCGAUAGUGAAUCAAUGGCUUAUGCGUCACGCAUCAUCAAUCAUUCCAAGAAGUUGAAGGAUAUUUCGAGUUUACUGCACCGUGAGCAUGCUGCAACGGUCCGAUACUUCUCGAACACUAAUCGAGCUCCUCUGAACAGACAAGAUUCUUUCAGUGCCCGUCUUGGUUAUUCCCCACUGGAAAGGGUUUCCAAAUGUAGCAUUGGCACUGUACCAGUGUGCGGUAUUUCAACUACGAGAACAAUUCUUAGUAGUGCAAUGGGAAGGCCAAUAUUUGGAAAACAAUUUUCAUGUUAUAUGCAAUCAGCUAGAGGAUUUUCAUCGGGUUCAGAUCUGCCUCCUCAUCAAGAGAUCGGGAUGCCUUCUCUCUCGCCAACAAUGACUGAGGGUAACAUUGCCAGGUGGCUGAAAAAAGAAGGUGAUAAAGUUGCUCCUGGGGAAGUACUCUGUGAAGUUGAAACUGACAAAGCAACCGUGGAAAUGGAAUGCAUGGAAGAGGGCUAUCUCGCCAAGAUUGUAAAGGCGGAGGGUUCAAAAGAAAUUCAAGUCGGCGAGGUAAUUGCUAUUACAGUUGAAGAUGAAGAAGACAUUGGAAAGUUCAAAGAUUACACCCCAUCAUCUACUGCUGAUGUCGCUCCUCCUAAAGCAGAACCAACUCCUGCCCCACCAAAGGAAGAGAAGGUCGAACAGCCAUCAUCGCCUCCUGAACCGAAGGCUUCCAAGCGUAGCGUAUCUCCCACAGGAGAUCGGGUUUUUGCUAGUCCUCUUGCAAGAAAGUUGGCUGAAGAUAAUAAUGUGCCUCUCGCAAACAUCAAAGGCACAGGUCCUGAAGGACGGAUAGUGAAGGCAGAUAUCGAUGAGUAUUUAGCUUCAAGUGGUACAGGAGCUACUGCGAAGCCAUCUAAGUCAACUGAUUCUAAGGCCCCAGCUUUGGACUAUGUUGACGCCCCUCAUUCUCAGAUACGAAAGGUCACAGCCUCACGUUUGGCAUUCUCAAAGCAAACUAUCCCUCACUAUUACUUAACCGUCGAUACAUGUGUUGAUAAACUUAUGGGUCUGAGGAGUCAGCUUAAUUCAUUCCAAGAGGCUUCUGGUGGGAAACGGAUAUCUGUCAAUGAUCUUGUUGUUAAGGCUGCUGCAUUAGCUCUCAGAAAAGUUCCUCAGUGCAAUAGUUCAUGGACUGACGAUUAUAUCCGCCAGUUUAAAAAUGUGAACAUCAACGUCGCAGUGCAGACAGAAAACGGGCUGUAUGUCCCUGUUGUGAAGGACGCAGACAAGAAGGGUCUGUCCACAAUUGGAGAAGAAGUUCGGUUAUUGGCUCAAAAAGCAAAAGAGAACAGCUUAAAGCCAGAAGAUUAUGAGGGAGGAACAUUUACAGUCUCUAACUUGGGAGGACCUUUUGGCAUCAAGCAAUUUUGUGCAGUUGUUAAUCCACCUCAAGCCGCCAUUCUAGCAGUUGGAACCGCUGAAAAGAGAGUUGUCCCUGGUAACGGAGCAGAUCAAUUCAACUUUGCUUCUUACAUGCCUGUUACACUGAGCUGUGACCAUCGCGUAGUAGACGGUGCCAUUGGAGCUGAAUGGUUGAAAGCAUUUAAGGGAUACAUCGAGAACCCUGAAUCUAUGUUACUCUAAAAAGAGAACCACACAAUGGAAAAACACAUCAAAGCUCGUAAGAGUCUCUGUUAUUGUACGUUGAAAAUCUCUGUUUCUUUCGGGUUUUUUUUUGGGAUUUUUGUUUCUCUGAAUAAUAUGGGUGGAGGUCUGGAGGGGAUUCAGCAUUUCUACUAUAAACUGGAUUUUAGCAUAUUCUUUGCUGGUUCUGGUUGUUCAUGGAGGGCGGUGAAAUAGAGUGUUGUCGUCACAAAAAAACUGUUUGUGUUUUUCUUGAGAUCUUAAAUGCAAAAAAAAAUCCUAAAUUUUCAGC